AUGGAGGAUCCGGUCAAGGAAAUUCCCACCGUGAUCCGCCUCCUCACCCAGUCACCGCCCUCCCUCCAGCAGGCCACGAUCGAGAAAUUCUUCACUCCGUCAGCGUCCUUUACGCAUCCGUUCUGCAGCACGCGGAGCUUCGACGGGUCGCGCUGGCUCAUCGUCAUGAUCUACCGCUUCUACAAGAUCAUGUCGCCGCGUAUUGACCUGGAAGUGAAAUCGGUUGCUGAAUAUACGUAUUUCUUCGGAUUGGACUAUCGUCAUGACAUGAUUCUAAUGGCUUCCCCUCUUUUUCUGGGGAGACUCUUCGCCGUCUUCCUCAUCCCCUUCUACCGCGCGCCCGUCACCCUAACCGUCGUCUUGACGCUCACUACGGACCCAUGGGACUACUCUGGUCGGCAUGGAUCACCCCUCGAUGACGACGAGAAUGGCGCUGCUGAUGGGGAUGGUCACUCGUUGUCAUCGUCGUCAUCAUCACGUCGAUACUGGAUUGCUGCACAGGAAGACCUCUACCAGACGACUGAGUUCGUCAAGUUCUUCUUGCCUUACGGAAUUGGUGUCUGCGUCGUGCUGCUCUGGCACAUGGUUGCGACGGCUGCAUGUGUUCUUGGAGCGAUCGCCCUCUGGCCUGUGACAUGGUUGGAAGAGCGAGGACGGUGGCCCCUGAGCGAGGGGUGCAAUAUCACUGAGGCUGUGAAGAAGGCUAUAUCUGAUAUACCCUGGCGGCAGCAGAGGAAGAAACAAUGA